AGGUUAAUUAUAACUCGUCCAGGAAAAGGACCUUCGAACCAAUGAAGAAAGGGAGAAGGCACAAUAAGAGGAGGACCUAAGCGAGGAAAAAAGAUAAGUAAUCUUGAAUUCUGAGUAUGUUUUUCCCUUCUCAUCACCAGUUCUGCCUUGAUCUUUGGAGAGCCUUUCCCGGAGAUCUACUCCGGGCUUAGUUCUUCAUCUGUGACUUGCAAGUAACGGGGAAGACAAGAAUAUGCAAUAACAGCUGCUAAGCAUACAGAGACGGUGUAAUGCCUUUUCUUAAUCCAUUAUUGAUCAUUGUUUUUGGUUUUCUGUGGUAAUUACUUGCAGAUCUGUGGAGACAUCAGGAAGAGAACGAGAUCAGUAUACAUACAGAGAGUAAUGUCCCCCGAGAAGGACAAUUUCGGGAGUUCAGGAGCUAAUCAACUCACAGCUGUUGAUUGGUCUAAUGAACGUCAUCAUAGAUGUGUUUCUGCCUGUUUGGUAAAUAGUGUCUAUGUUCAAGAGCGGGACCGCCCGAAGAAUCGUAAUGGGUCAGCUGCAUCUCUUGCUCCACCAUGGUGGGAGUUCUUCGGUUUUGAGUUAAUUCGUCAGCUCAUUGAUAAUGAUGAUCAAUCCAUCUUUGGUGCCAUUUUUGAAUACAGAGUUCCCCCUCCUUACUGUGGUCACAAAUCAAUGGAGAAGGCUCCAAAAUACGUGAUUGCCUUCCGAGGCACACUCCUAAAGCCAGAUUCCUACAAGCGGGACCUCAAAUUGGAUUCCGUUGUCAUCCUAAAUAAACUAAAUCGAUACUCACGCUUUGAGAUUGCAAUGGAAGCUGUGGUGAACGUGGUCGAUUUAGGUGGAAGUAAUUUGAAGAUUUGGUUAGCUGGUCAUUCUUUGGGCGCCUCCAUCGCACUGCUCGCUGGCAAGACCAUGGCCAGCAACCUAGGUAUUUUUCUCCAAGCUUUCCUCUUUAAUCCACCGUAUAUAUCUGCUCCAAUUGAGAUGAUCCAGAAUCAGAAAAUGAAAGAUAUGUUCCGAGCGGCAGACAGUUGCCUUACGGCCAUACUCGCUGUUACCAUGAAGAAUCAUGGCCAGAGAUCAGCAUCAAAGGAAUCGUUUGCUCAAUUGUCUGCAUGGCGACCGUCCUUGUUUGUGAAUCUGGAAGAUCCCUUUUGCAAAGGGUUUGCUGGUUAUUAUGAGAAAAGGGAAAAGAUGGAGGAGAUAGGAUUGAAGAAGAUUGCAAAACUGGCAACCAUGAACUCCAAAAGUAGUCUAUAUUUCUGCCGGAAAGAUUCAGAAAAUUUGCGCCUCCUUCCGUCUGCAUAUCUCGUUACUAACGGGAGCUCAUCAACAGGUUCUAAGGAAGGGAGGAAAUCUCCCUGCUCAUUUUUGAAACGAGUUCAUGGGAUUGAGCAGUGGUGGGAUCCAUACAAAAAUUUGCCGAGUAAGCUAUACCAAUACCAAUAAGGGUGACUUGGAAGAGCGAAGAGGAGGCUUGUCAGAAUUCGGAUCUCCUCCCCUGUGGUGCGGCUAACCAUCCCAACCCAUCUCAUAACGAUCACACCCCGACCCCAUGGAUGUUUUUAAGAUGGGGUGGGGGAGAUUACCUGCACAUGCACAGGAGAGGAACCCAUCUGGGCGUGUCAUUCUUUUGAUGUUCCUGGUAGGGGAGUCGGUCACUCUGAUCUGAAAAUGUAAAUGUUCAAAACAUGAUCCAGUGCACCACUUUCCAAGUGGGUUUGGUUUGAUUUCAUUUCGUUUGGGUUGC